UCUCUUUGUUCUCACGACUCAAUGCUUUUGGUUGAGCUUCAAAUCAGAACUGUUCCAUUCUCCACUCUCCCGACACAAUCUAACCCCCUCUUCUUCUGAUGGCUGUGAUCACGACUUGAGAACAAAACAAGAGAUCAACUGAAACAUUCAAAACAAAAUUCAGAAUCGCUCACUAGGUUUCUCUCUCCUGGCCCAAAGGCUUAGGUCUCCGGCAAGAAUGGCACUGACAUCGUCCCUGGCGGAGGACGCGACGUCCCAAGGUGUCGGUGCUCGGUACACCCCGAAUCAUGAGUACAGCCUGGGAACUCGCAGGCAGAAGACCGACCAGCCCACGGUGUCUUACGAGGAAUUCGAUGUUGAAGCCCAUGCACCCGUCAACGCCGAGAACCAUGCCUUCCAGGCGGGCGAAUUCGUGCCUGACGGAUUCUUCAACCGAGUUGGUCCUUUGUGCUUCACCAUCCCACCUCCAAUGUUUCAGUGGUCCUACGAGAUGCGCCGGCAAGCCCAGCCGUUGCUACCAUUUCUCUACCUGGGUCCCUGGAGCUGCCUCGCCGACCGCGGCCGACUCGUGCAGGAGGGAAUUACACUUCUCUUAGCCGUGCGGGACAAGCGACUCGCCAUGGCCAGCCUGAUCAGCGGCAGGCGGGCAGCGGAAGCUCUGCAGAUAGAAGACGGCACCGUUGACUUCGCAGACAACCAAGAACUUAUCACGAUGCUGCCUCGACUCAUCAACCACAUCAACGCUCAUGUCGCUUCAUUCCCCGCCACUGAGCCGAGCGGCCAUGCCCGGAAGAAGGUCCUGCUCUUUUGUGAGACGGGGAAUGGUCCGUCGGCCGUGGUUGCGAUCGCGUACCUGAUGGUGAUGCUCAACAUCAGUCUGCCGCAGGCACUGCAGUAUGUCUCCGCGCGCCGGUUCUGUAUCGACAUCGAUGAUCCGGCGUCCCAGCUGUUGUUGUCCUUCGAGAGCAUCCUCGAUGCCAAGCGGGAUGUCGAGGAAGCUAGACGGGCGAGCGAGGCAAAGAAUACUCCGGUCAGGGGUGCGUGUAGAAAACGGGAUGCCGGUGAAUUCGAUAUGGUUGAAGAGGAUGGUUACGCUAUGGGGUUGGAAGCGGGGGAGGCGGCGGAUGGGAGCAGACGACCCCUGGCUCCCUUUGAGGAUCGGUCAGGAUGACAUACAUGGAUGUGUUUCGCGGGCAGAAGAUAAGAUAUCAGAAGAUGAUGUCAAAAGAUGUCAUGGCUCAAUGAGAACGUUUCCCCGAAAUCUCGCUAGUAUUUGUGUGUGUGU